AAAGAUAUAUUGCUAGUGCCGAUCGGAACUAUCGACGAGGCAGCUAAUUCAUCAUCAGUCAAAUUCCAAGCACCAAGCACUAAGCACGCUGCGAUAGCACAAGUUCAGAGAUCACGAUCCCAACCCACAUUCCAUCACCUUGAGAAAUCUCCAGAUCUGCGCAUUUUUAUGGUUUAUUCCGCAUCGAUUUAUUGUAGGAUAAAAUUUCUCAAUGCACCCGGAUUCCACAGGCUGAGUCGAAAUCUUCAAAAUGCAAAUCAUCUCCAUCGUCGGAGGAUUCGUUCUAUUGUCUUUUCUCAUCGAUCCAGCGAUAUCCAGAAAAACAGACUACUGCUAUGCCCACAAUGAUCGACCGUAUGUUAAAAUGUCAACAAAAACUGCAUACCAUUUCGUUCACGGUGGAAGAACGCGAUACCAAGAAAUACCGGAUUGUAAGUCGAUACAAAUAUGGAUGUUCAUACGACACGGGACAAGGUAUCCAAGUUUGAGCACAAUUCCAAGCCUUCUUUCGGUUCCGAAACUCCGGGAUGAGAUAAUUUACAAUCAUAAAGUUCGAGGGUACGGACGCCUGUGCGAUGAGGACAUAAAAAAUCUCGAGGAUUGGCGCAUGGAUCCAGGUGUGAAUGUCAACAAUGCUGAUACCAUUACGGCGCAGGGAGUAGAGGAUAUGAACCUCCUUGCUAAACGUAUAAGGGCCAACUUCCCAGAACUCUUUUCGCCAUUCCCUUUAAGUAAUAUCAGUUCACAUGACUAUAAGUUUCGUGCGGCAUCUAAAGAUCGAACUUUGGACAGUUUAGCGGCAUUCAUGUCAGGAAUAUACGGGAAAGAAGUAUCUCCACCCCAACAAACAUCACUCGAUGAUACAUUGUUUGCAUCGUAUAAACGCUGUCCAAAUUGGGUCACCGAUGUGGCAGCAAACCCGAAAAACAUUAUAGAAUGGACGACGUUUGGCAAAGGUCCGGAGAUCCAGAAUUUGAAAUUUCAAGUCAGCGAACGAAUCGGCUUCCUGUACAAUCUCACAGAUGCUACCAUUUUUGCCAUGUACGAUAUGUGUCGUUACGAUAUAUCUUGGAGGCCACUCAGUCCCUCGCCGUGGUGUGCGGUAUUCACUGAAGAGGAAUUAAGGAUUCUGGAGUACAGAGACGACUUGCAAGAUUAUUACAAACGUAGCUACGGCCACGAAUACAAUACAAAGUUGGGUUGCCCACCGAUGAAAGACAUGUUCGACAGUUUCAAGAGACUGGAAGACGCAGAAUACGCCGACGAGCCGAAGGGAAUUUUUAAUAUCGGUACCUCCGGUAGCCUCCAUUUGUUCAUGACAGCCUUGGGCCUUGCGAAAGAUCCCGAGCCUCCUUUAGCCAGCAAUUACCACGCCAUGGGCAAUAGGCGAUGGAAGACUUCAGAAAUCGGAUCGUUUGCCGCUAAUGUAGCUGCAGUUUUUUACAAAUGCAACGAUAGCAGAUCUCCGAACAAGGUGAUGAUCUAUUUAUCUGAGAAACCAGUCAUGUACGAAGGUUGCGACCUAGGUCUCUGCGACUGGGAAUAUUUGAAGAAUAAGUUUGAGAAAUUUGCGACCCACUGCGAAACAAAUUUCUGCUUCUCGAACAGUGCGAUACCCUCGCUAAUUUCACCCGCAGCAACUGUUUUGCUCGCACUGGCCAUGUCAGUUUUUUCAGCCCAUGACCACCUGAUUCUCCAAUCAUUCGCCGCUGUACAGGACCCUAAAAAAACGCUAGAAAAUGUGUCAAUGCCCACUAGUUUUCGUAGGGUGAUUCCUGGUAAAGACCCUCAACUUGAUAUUUGCCGUAUCGCUGAGACUCUAGUAGAUCAGCCAAAUUUCUUCAAGAUGCAGAUCAUCCUCGGUGUUCUCUUAUCUUUUCUUGCUGGUCCAGUGAUCUCCAGAGACACCGACUACUGCUAUGCUUACAAUGAUCGACCGUAUUUGAAAAUGGGAGGAAAAACUGCAUACCAUUUCGUUCAUGGUGGAAAAACUCGAUACCAAGAUGUACCGGAUUGCAAGCCGAUACAAAUAUGGAUGUUGAUAAGACAUGGAGCCAGUUAUCCGAGUCCUCGCAUAAUUCCACAGCUCAUUGCGGUCCCUAAACUACGAGAUCAAAUCAUUUACAAUCAUGAAACUCGAGGGCAAGGUCACCUGUGUGAUGCGGACUUGGACAAUCUGAAGUUAUGGAGGCUGGAUCCAGGUUUAAAUUUUGAAAAAGCUGAUACUGUCACGGAACAGGGUAUGGAGGAUAUAAAUCUUCUUGCUAGACGUAUUAAGACCAACUUCCCGCAACUCUUUCCACCGCUCAUAAGUGACAUCGGUUCGCAGAACUAUAAGUUUCGGGCAGCUCCUGAACAACGAUCUUCCGAAAGUUUAACGUCAUUCGUGUCUGGAAUAUUUGACCAAGGAGAGACCCCACGAUGGCAUACACCGCUCAAUGACUCGUUAUUCGCAUCGAACACCAAUUGUCCAAAUUGGGAAACUGAGGUGGCAAAUAACCCGGAAAACAUGAUGGAAUGGACAAAGUUUAAAGCGGGUCCGGAGUUUCAGAACUUAAUCUCCAAUGUCAGCAGACGAGUUGGUUUCUUGUACAAUCUCACAGAAGCAUCUAUUUCUGGCAUGUACGAUAUGUGUCGUUACGAAAAAGCUUGGAGGGUAAGUAGUCUUUCCGCAUGGUGCGCGGUUUUCAGCGAAGAAGAACUGAAAAUUCUGGAGUACAAAGAUGAUUUAGAGGAUUAUUACAAACACAGCUACGGCCAUGAGUACAACACAAAAUUGGGAUGUCCUUUGAUGAAGGAGAUGUUCGAUGGUUUCAAAAAACUGGAGAAUGAUGAUUAUUCCAAAGAGCCAAAAGGAAUUUUUAGUAUCAGUCACUCUGGGAGUCUGCAUUUCUUCAUGACGGCAAUGGGUUUUGCAAAAGAUCCUAACCCCCUCCUUGCCAGCAAUUAUUACUCUAUGAGCAGAAGGCAAUGGAAAACUUCAGAAAUUGGGUCAUUUGCUGCCAAUAUAGCUGCAGUUUUUUACAAAUGCAACAACAGCAGAUCUUCGAAUAAGGUGAUGUUUUAUCUAGCUGAGAAACCAGUCAUGUACGAAGGAUGUAAUGUGGGACUUUGUGACUGGGACUACUUGAAAAACAGAUUCCAAAAAAUCACAUCCAAUUGCGACACAAGCUUCUGUUAUGCGAAUGGUGCAAUGUCUGUGCUAAUUGUACCGACAGCGACUAUCAUGCCUAUACUUACUGCGUUGACCUUUUUCGUCCAUUGAUUAUUACUAAUUACUCUAUAUUUCUUAUUAUCCAUAUCAGCAUUAGUACAUACAGAAUGGAUAUAAUGCUAAAUAUUUGAUAUUUACAUAACAACCAAACCUUAAAAUUCGCUCCACAAUGUGUCAACAUCGUUUUUAAUAGCAUUAAAUCUAUUAUAACUGAAAAACCGAAAUAUUUGGUAUACUUGAUACUUUGCACCAUGAAUUUUCUAAAUUGAUUCUAGAUUCAUAAUCAAUUUGCAACACCAUGAUACUUUGGCAAAAAUAUAAAAUAGUGAAUAAAUGAUAUUUUACACUGUAAAAAAA